AUGCCAGCAUCAGUGGAAGUCAGUGUCACUCAGGCCAGGGUUACUCUCAGAGUACCAGUUGUGAUUAAAGCUUUAGUAUUUAAACCUUCUGAGAUUAUAAUGUCCACAGAAGCCAGAAAAAUAUCCGAAAUAAUUCUGGAUUUUGUUUUGUCUUUCACUAUUUCUAACAUUGGGAUCGUUGCUAACGUCUUAGUCAUUAUGGUUUUUAUCAAGCAAGGAUUUAAAGAGAGCGUUAACAUUUCAAUGACCACCAUUGCUGUUUGGGAUCUGGCCAAGUGUCUAGCUGCCUCAAUGCAGAGAAUGGCAGGCCCCAUGGCCACUUGGUCAGAGGCGGACGCCGAAAGCUGGACAAAUAUUAGUGUGGUUGCUUUUAACCACCUGAUCUGUUACUCCACUUAUGUUACCAGUGUUCUGGCUGCCUAUGUUGCCGUUGAGAGAUGUCUGUGUGUGUGUAUACCGUUUAAGGUUAAGUGGCUGAUCACCCCAAAAGUAGCUCUCUCAAUCAGUUUGACUAUAUCGGUGGUAAUAUUUGGACUGUUUGUGGUCAUGUCUGGUAUUUACGACAUCGUUUGGGUGUACAGUGACGUAUACAAUCAAACUAUUGCGAUUUACUUAAAAAACGACUUCUAUUAUGCAAACGAAUAUCUAUUAUUUGAAUACUAUAAUUUAUCUGGAAUACUGUGGCCGUUGGUUAGUUUUGUGGUUAUCGUUUUCUGCACUUUGAUCAUCGUGUAUAAACUUAAGGAAAGCACUAAAUUCCGCUCUGGUCACGCAGAGGCCAAAGGUCAAAGUACAAUCCAGCUAAGUACCAGAGACAAGCAAGUCGUCAAAAUGUUGCUAGUUAUAGUUGGAGUAUACGUUUUCAGCCUUUUCCCAAGAAUCGCCCAUUACAUCGCAAAGUAUAUUAUACACGAGUUUUACUUUCUUCGACUGUAUCAUAAUUUCUUUGUGUUUGUUUGUUACUUCUUAUGGAUAUUCGACUUGAUUAAUGGUGCCGUUAACUUCUUUAUUUUUUUCGCCAUGAGUACUUCAUUUAGGGCUACGUUUUACAAAAUGUUUAAAAGACAAACGCAAGCUAAAAGUAAUAGCCUUACAGAAAAUAGUAACAUCGAUGCUUAA